CGUUACUGCUCUGUCGCCGCCCUUGGCUAUGCGUCGUCGACGUCGAGCACACAACAUAAGAAGAAAAUACAAAAGAAAACAGAAACGAUAUAACAACGAGCCAACGUUGCCUUGCCGUUGCCUCUGAGAUGGCCGUCGUUGCCUGUGUGUUGAGAGUUCAGUCGCGCUAGUGUGUGUGUGUUUGGUUUUGUGUUUAACUAACAGUUUGUUGUCUCGAGAAGAAGAGGCACACGAAAGAAAACGACGUAAUAAAUAUGGAAAAUAAAAAUCAUAUAUACAAAAUAAUUGUUUUAAGAGUUUAGUUUUAACUUAAAUGCGGAAGAGUGCAUACAUAACUCAAGGCGGCGGCUGCUGAACGAUUCCUACAACAACAACAACAACAAGGAGAUACUUAUAAAAAGAACAUUAAGAAGCAAAAAGGAAAUAAAGAAACUUAGUGAUUAAAAAAAUUAAUUUAAAGUGAAAUAAAAUUUUAAGCAUAUAAUACCUAAAAUUUUUAAUUUGUCAUCACGGCAGCAGCUUCAACCUGGCAUUUCUUAGCGAGUAUCAACAACCACGACGUGGUCGUCGUUCUUUAUUACCCCAAAUGGGUGAAUUCGAUAUAAGUCUUAUAGAAGAAUUCCGCCAGCGGGAGAGUCUCUACGAUCGUAACUCUCUGCAGUUUAAGGAUAAACUUUACAAUGCACAACAGUGGCAGGAAAUAUCCAAUAAAUUGGGAUAUGAUGUUUCCAUCUUAAAGGAUCGCAUGUUGCAACUUCGCAAUCGUUACAAUUUAGAAAAACGACGCAUGGAACAGCUGCGUGAAGAGACUGGCAAACAUCAUGAAUCGCCUUGGGGUUUAUAUGACAGCUUACAAUUUCUAAGCGGUCAUAUAAAGUCGCGUAGACGCUACAAAAGUAUAUUGCCCGUAUACAAUCACAAAGAUGACAGCCAAUUGAAUGAUUCCGGUAAUGACUAUAGUGCCAUGGGUGUAGAUGAUUCUGCUAUGUUGAUAGAUAAUAGCGCUAAAGAUGAUAUGAUGCACUCUCCUGGUGGUGUUGGCGGCAGCAGCUCACAACCUUUUCCUAAUGGUCUAUUCAGCGUUAAAGUCGAAGAGAACAUGUCGGAGGGACACGCUUCCGAAGUUGAUACUGAAAAUUCUCAAUCUACUCGGGGUAAUGACCAUUUUGCUGAUAAUCUAAAUGUUAUGACUGAAAUACAUUCCUCAAAUGAUCAAUAUCGUGAACAAAUGCGACGUCUGCAAAACCAACAAAUGCAAAUGCAGCAGCAACAACAACAACAACAAGAGAAACAUCACCAGGAACAGCAGCAACAACAACAUGAAAAUCGACAGCAACAGCUGCAGCAACACAACUCCCACCAACAAAUUCUACCAACCCGCAUUAUAAAACGUUCCCUUGGCCAUAAUAAUCCGAUGAUAAGCGUUCGAAGUGACAUGACACAUCCAAAGCUGCGUAAACUCUCCAGACCACCUCAAAUGGCAACUCCAACUAUUGGAAAACGUGUCUAUGAGGACGAUUGUGGACACAUGGUUGGGUCGGCCUACAACAAUUUCCCCAAACAAAUGCGCUUAAGUCCGCGUGAAAAUAAAUACAAUGCUUUUGGAAAUUUUAUUUCCUCCUCACUCUUAGAUUUACCACAAAAAAUGGCCUUGGAAUUGGUGGAGAAAUUCACAUCCGAUAUUGUUAAGGCCUUAACUGCAAAAAUGGAAAAUAUGGAAGCUGCAGCAGCUGCAAAAGCUGCCGCCGCCGCACCAACAACAGUCGACUUGGAUGAUGAUAAUGAGGAGCACAACCAUCAUCAUCAACAACAUCACCACCACAACCAUCAACAGCAACAACAACGGCAGGAAAUGCAAAAUGAAGACAGCAAUGAUGAAUGAGAAUUACUUUAUUA